AUGGCGGACAUUCUGACCCAGCUGCAAACAUGUCUUGAUCAGCUCGCAACGCAAUUCUAUGCCACGCUUGGCUAUCUCAACACAUAUCAUGACAAUUCGCCCGCCACACCUCCUCCUGGUAUUUCAAAUGCCGCGCCUGCUCUGGCGAAAAUGUCCAAGAAUACGACCGCUCCUCCGGUUCCCGCAUCCAUCGCGAACUCCGCGGGGGCCGGCGCCGCAGCGGCGGGUGCAGCUCAAUCGCCAGUGCCGCCACCUACGCAGCAACCUGGUGCAGAAUCAGGAGCAGGGGAAGGUGAAGAAACCAACGCUCUACCGAGGCCAGACUCGCCGCGUACAUUUGCGGCACGACAGCGCGAAUUGGCGCGAGAUCUCAUCAUUAAAGAACAGCAGAUUGAAUAUCUGAUCUCAGUAUUGCCGGGGAUUGGCGCGUCAGAAAAGGAGCAAGAGACGAGAAUCCGAGAGCUGGAAGCUCAACUGCGCGAAGUGGAGAAGGAGCGUACUGCCAAAGCCACAGAACUGAAGCAAUUACGGACAAGGUUGGAGAACGUUCUAGGCGCUGUUUCUACUGGAAUUUACGGUGACAGGGAGCAAUGA